AUCAGACUCAUGUCUACUGGUCUCUGCGUUCUAUGGGGUAACCUCUGUAGCCAGCUCCGUUUGGCACAAAGCUUUGGAGCAGCCUCUGGGAUGACCGCGCAGACUGAGCAUCACUGAGCAGACAGCCCGUCACAGGAGACAGCAUCACAUGGAAAUCUGCAAGGCCAGGGAAGACCUGGAUGCUGGAAUGGGGCUGGUGUGACCCUUGUGGCAGAGAUGAAUCACCAAAGGAGGAUCUACUGGCUGCGUUUGGGAGUCCUACUUAUUCUGUCCCUGGCCGUCAUAAAGUAUCUGUAUAAAAGCAGUCCCCCGCAGGUUUCAAAACCCGUUAUAGUGAAGGCCAAUGACCCUUUUUGGGGUGACAAGGUGGAAGCCAGGAUAGACCCAAUCAUCAAAGAGCUACCCCCGGAGCCACCUAAGGAGGAGCUGACAAAACCCGUGGCCAAGAAACAGACAGCAGUGCGCAAGGACUUUAGUAAGGUGCAGAUGCAACUGGUUCACCUCGACCUCAAGGGAGCUCCUCUGAAGAUUUCUUACUAUGAGCAGAUAUUUCCAUUGUUCUCCAAGCUGGGGGCCAACGGACUACUCAUUGAAUAUGAGGACAUGUUUCCAUUUACUGGAGAGCUGGAGAUCCUGAAGUCUCCGUAUGCUUAUAGUGAAGAGGACAUUGUAAAGAUAUUGCAUCUUGCUGAGAUAAAUAAUCUAGAAGUGGUACCCCUCAUACAAACAUUUGGACACGUGGAGUAUAUUCUGAAGCAUGACAAGUACAGAGCUCUGAGAGAAGUGGAUCGUUACCCCAACAGCCUGAACCCCCACUCCACAGAGUCUAUGCCCUUGCUGAAGAUGAUCUUGACACAGGUUCUUGACAAGCAUCCAAAGAGCAACUGGGCCCACAUUGGAGCAGAUGAGGUCUACCACCUGGGAGACGGACAGGAUUCCAAGUCCUGGCUGAACAAUAACAAAGGAGACCUGGGGAAGAUGUUCCUGACCCAUCUGAAGAACGUGGUGGACCUCCUGCACGCUCAAUACCCUGAGAAGAGUCUGCUCAUGUGGGAUGACAUGCUCAGAAAACUCAGUGUAGAAAGCAUUAGCGCUGCCGAAAUUACGCGGUUUGUGUCUCCUGUCCUGUGGCUGUACCAUACAAACUUCAACAUGGAGCAAACGGAAUCUUUUAUCUCCAAAUAUGAAAAGAGUGGAUUUUCCAGUAUUUGGUUUGCAAGUGCUUUUAAAGGGGCAUCCACCCCAAGCCAGAUUUGGACCCCGAUGGAUUUGCACAUGAAGAACCACCAGCAGUGGAAGAAGGUCAUUGAUGGGAUGAGCAAGUUCCCCAAAAUCCAUUAUAGUGGGAUAGCACUGACAGGGUGGCAAAGGUUCGACCAUUACUCUGUUCUGUGUGAGCUGCUUCCUGUCGCCAUCCCGUCCUUGGCAGUGUGUUUGAAAACCCUGAGAUAUGGUCAGUUCACAGAGGAAGCCAAAAAGGAGACCGCUCUCAUACUGGGCUUCAGCAAGAUUGAUGUAGAGAAGAACACCUGUGAUGGGAACGGGGCUUUUCCAGGAGCGGAAAUUUACAGCAUGGUGAGAAAAAUUCACACGGAAAUGAAAAAGAAGGUCCGGGAGAUCACGGAGGAUGAUGGUGACAUCAAUGCCUGGUUUUCCCGUUACCAAAGAAAACACCAGUUUGCAAAUCCACUUAAAAUGGAGGUGUUCAGUGCUAAAAUCUUAAAAGCCAAUGAGGAGUGGGAAUCUCAUAUACAAGCUCUCCGGACUCAGAUGGAUUCCAUCUUCUUCCCAGACACAGUGGAGGAAUGGAUGGAAGAAAAUGUCAACCCCAUCAUGGAUCAUCUGCGAGAGCUGUCCAAGGAUUUCCACGAGAUAUUGCCUUUAAAUGCCCGUCCCAAGGCCAUACCAAAGAAAUGAGCGCAUAUCCUUGGAUCGAUGGAGAUUUCAGCCAAUAGGACUUUGUUCAGAUUAUAAAGCAGGGAAAAGGGUAAUGUUCUGCAGAAUACCAGAUCAGCACAUUUUCACAAAAAAUCGAGUGCAUUAGUGUGCUAAAGAGUGUGUGGUAUCCCACCAUUGUUCUCAUCGAUGCUAUUGUCUAUGCACUGUGUGUAUGUGUAAGUCGAUAUCUCGAUCAAGCCUAUGCAUUUAAGCAGUAUAAGGCCAGGAGAUGUACGGUGUACAGUUACCACAGAAACCAUUCAGAAGAGAUCAUUCAGUUAAAGAUUGAAUCUGCUGAGCUGAAUUACCCAAGUCUCAUUGAGUAUUUCAUUGGCAAGACAUCCCCACCACUGCCCUGUUUCCAGCCAUCUUGGAACCCACGUUAUUUCUGCUACAACAGGAGUAUCCCUAGGUGUCCCCACAUUUUCUGAGCUCUGAUGUAUUCUCUAUAAUAAAACCGUUAAUUACAAAUGGAGCAAAGAGAGAAGGACCACCCUCAUAAAUGAUGCUACGGCAGGAGUUCAGAACUGGGCACUUCAAAGUCAGAGAUCUUUGCACUAAGGGACCCCUAAGGAAGUGUCCCCUGGAUGCUCAGAACUGGCCACUUCAAGUUCUGAGAUCUUUGCCGUUCAUAUCCCUAAGUAAAUAUCUCCUUGAAAUUUAAAACUGAGCACUGUCGGUUUAGAGAUCUUUGCACCUGAGAUCCCUACGAAACCAUAAAUUAAAGCUUCCCCAUUCAGGGCAAAGCAACGGGUUCUCUUGGUUGUUUUAACUUCCACCUACCCCCUAUCGUUUGCCUGCUGGGACCAUGAGUUAAAAGAUCUCUGUAAAUUACAUUUUAGUCUCGGCUUGAAUGAGAAAAUUGGCAGGUGACUUUUAGCUCAAUUGUAUUUAAAAAAAAACAAAUUGUUGGACACCUGCCACUUUAACUGUUUUGAUGACCGUGACCUGAAUUGUACUCUCUGUGGGUAACUGCACCUUGCACAUCACCUUUGCUCUUUGUAUUGCUUUAUUUUAAAUGUCUGAAUGUGAAUAUUUCUGUAUGUAAAAUUUAAAACCUUGAAAGCGGAAGUCUGUUUAAAAAAAAAACGCCUCUGGUCAGUC